GUCUGAGGCGUGGCCUUUCUGCCUCGCCCUGUGAAAUCUGGCUUUCAUUUAAAUUAAUAAUAGGGUAAGUUAAAGGGAAGUCAGGAAUAAAACGUUAGUACGUCAUAACGUUAGAAGAGCAAUUGGUUUUAGUUUUUGAAGAUCGAGGCAGCGGUGGGGGGGUCGCUGUUUUUCGGAGCGGCAGUCAUCUGCGUCAGUACUCAGUGAGGAGCGAGCGGGCUGGCCGAACAAAGGCGCCUCCUAUGUUUGGUAUCGGGGGUUUCAAAUCGGAGAAAACAGAAACUGCAGUCAAGGUCCGUGAUUACAGGACUACAUCAGCAAUAAGAAUCCACUAAGAUGAUCUAAAGGGAUUGUGCAUCCAUUCGUUCGCAGAUACGAGAGGCAGACGGCUCAGGGCCUGAAUUAAAAGACGAAACCAGACGAAAAAGAAGAGAUAGAGGACAAAGGCUCGACAUGCCAGAGCAGAGCAACGACUACCGGGUGGUGGUGUUUGGGGCAGGGGGUGUGGGCAAGAGCUCGUUAGUGCUGCGUUUCGUCAAGGGGACCUUCCGCGACACCUACAUCCCCACCAUCGAGGACACCUACCGCCAGGUGAUCAGCUGUGACAAGAGCGUCUGCACCCUGCAGAUCACCGACACCACGGGCAGCCACCAGUUCCCCGCCAUGCAGCGCCUCUCCAUCUCCAAGGGCCACGCCUUCAUCCUGGUCUACUCCAUCACCAGCCGCCAGUCUCUGGAGGAGCUGAAGCCCAUCUACCAGCAGGUCCUGCAGAUCAAGGGCAGCGUGGAGAACAUCCCCGUCAUGCUGGUGGGCAACAAGUGCGACGAGACCCAGCGGGAGGUCGAGACCAAGGAAGGGGAGGCCCAGGCGGCCGCGUGGAAGUGCGCCUUCAUGGAGACCUCGGCGAAGAUGAACUACAACGUCAAGGAGCUCUUCCAGGAGCUGCUCAACCUGGAGAAGAAGAGGAACAUGAGCCUCAACAUUGACGGCAAGCGCUCCAGCAAGCAGAAGCGGGCGGACAAGAUCAAGGGGAAGUGCAGCAUCAUGUAGGCCGCGUUGGAGACCGACAGAGAGAUCGGGAGGCUAGCGGAGUGGGGGUGGGGCUGGGGGGGAGGGGGUCGGGGGAGGGGAGGAGAAAGCACAAGGGGUCUCUGAGAAAAUAACAUGCCCUGCGCCUGUCCCAGCAGCAACGCCCCAACCCUGGCAUGAACCUGGAAUGAAGAAGACACGUUAGACACAUCUAUCACGCAUUCCACUCCAUAGCUAUCCCUUCCAGAAGAUGACUUAGAGGGAAUGGGGGAAAGCAGUAAAGGGACAGGAGCUGCAUGUCUCAUGGAGUUUACGGAGGAUAUGUGAACGGGAGUCAUUUUGCAGUGCCGCCUCCUAUUCCUUCUUCCUCAUGCAUCCUGCCUCCCCCUCCGGGGCCACCUCAUCCUCAUUCCCCCACACGAAUCCAGAAUCUUGCAGUCUCUCCCUGCAAGUGCGAAGGAUGGGAAGAAAGAGAAAAGGAGGCCACAGGACAGAGAUCUUCCUUUUGCAGGGAAAAUAAAAGAAAUUUCCUCCCUACAGUGGAGAACAUCAACCUGCUCAAGGUCCGUAUCUAGAAAGUGAGCCCAAGGCCCCCUGGUUUGGACAUCAUUGGAGGCCUUAACAUUAAAACACAAUUGGUCAGAGAUUCCAGAUUUGGAGGAUCAGAAUGGGACAUUUCCCAGUUGUGAAAAUAUUUCCAUUAUGAAAUCAUUCCCAGCUGGUCCCUUUAAUUUCCUGCUUAACUGCUUGUUUUUGUUCUGCCAGUCUUGGCUUUGUGUGUAUCUAAAUUAGGCAUGUUGUUCACUAACUCACAAUUACAAUCCCCAACUAUUUAAAUGGGCCUAGUUGCACAAGGCUGUUCUAUUUGGUGUUCCAGGGAGAUGUAGAACAGUUGCAAUGUGGUGCUGGACCAGGAACCACCUUGCAACCUAAAAGGAUCACAUCACUUUUCUCCAUUACCUGUAAACCGAGUGGGUGGUUUGUAGAUCAGGAAUGACUUUUGCAGGACAGGGGAGAGUGUGAUACAAGCAGAAUAAGGCCAAGCAGAAAAUGUGUGUGUCCUCCUACCUAUCUCAGGGGGAUUGUGUCUCUAACAGAAAAUUUAGUCAAAAUCUGAAUGAAGCUUCCCUAACUACAUGUGUUAAAUCCAUAGUCAAAUACAAACCUCCAGAUUAAGACAUUAUUUGCCUUAUUGUAUUGCUUGCUCUAUAAAUAAUUAGAAUAAAAGAUAAAAUAUUCUCAAAUGAGACCAGACCCUGUUGCAAAACACAGUUUAGGACUGAACGUGGUUCUUAGUGAGUAAUCCAAUUUAUUUCUGCUUUAUGGUGAGUGUUGUUGUUGGCAUGAAAUAAUCUCAAAAGGUUUAGAAAAUAUUCUCAAGUACAGGUGAUAUAAAUGUAGGAAGUUACAGAUUAUCUGGAACAAAUAUCUUGAGCCUUCAAGGGUUGAACAGAUUAUUUGAUUAACUGCUCAAUAACUUGCAAGUGUUCCCAAUCUUUACGGGUUGAUUAGGUAAAACUGUCUGGGGCUUGGUCUUUUCUGUAAUCCUUAAUUAUGUAACUGAUAACUUUGGUGUUGAUUAAAAGAUAGCCUCCUGGAAGAGAUUCCUGUUGGUUAGUGGUCAGACGAGCAGACAUAAGAAUCUAGGGAGCCAUUGUGCUGGUGAGAGUCUUGCACCCACAGAAGGGGAUUUACCAUGAUGCACUCUGCAGUCAUAGAAGACAGCAUGAAGAGAAUCACAGAUGGGCUCGUUGAAGGUGGGUCAUUACAGUACUGGUAGCUCAGAGCUGGUCUACUCACUUGUGGAAAAGGUGAGACACACCUGUCUUGAGCAUGAACUAUAUGUUGAGUUUAUGCCUGCUCUUGAGCAUUUGUUCUUCCACUAAUUUUCAAAUAGUACAAAAAAGAUGUUUAGUCACACUCCCAUAAUCACAACCCUAGAUUGUAGUGUUGUCAUUAAUUAACUGAUAAAAUGCACAGGUCUUUUGUUUUAUAGGAAACCAUCCUCUGGGCUAAAGCAAUAUCUUUUCAUCCCUUCAUGUUUCACCUUUCUGAUGCGUCAUGUUUCCUUGCACUUGAAAUUCCAAAGUGUGGCCCACAGGUGACUCUGCCUCUGGGGCUCCUGGCCUGACUGAGUCCUGGGUGCUGCAUUCCUGCAGCCUUCAAACAGGAGGCUCCUGAAGUGUUCAGAGCCCCAUCCAGGGGGGUGAUCUGCUCAUUAGUACCUUAACGCUACAGAAACCCAGAUGAGUUCUGGCCCAAUAAGCUGUUGAAAAAACCUGUUUAGCUACUCCACUUAAGCAAUUUUGUUCUUAAUGGCCUAACUAAAGUAGAGCAAACAAAUACCUGGAGGACUAGCAAGCUGGAGGGGCCUUGUUUGCAACCCAGUUUUGUUUUCUUAUGACUCUUUCAUUGGCAUUUUUAUGACUGACACCCAUCCAGCCUCACCCCCGGACAGGACUUGGGAACCCCCUGAUCUGUGUGUGUUGACGGUAGGGGGGAACAUUUAAAAACCGCUCUUGAGUCAAGCUCCUUUGCCCUCGUGAACUUGAUGAAGAAAUAAGCUCAACAGCAGCGUGCUCCAAAACCACAUCCACCUGCCGUUUGUCUGGAGGACCGAGUCACUCCCCCGAUAAAAGACGGCGCACGCUGUCGGUCAAGAGCUGAGGCGCACCAGGACGGAGGAGACGAGGUGUGUCUUUGUCAUCGGCUCUGCUUGCAGGCUCCUCUAAGAGCUGGGCAAACCCUUCGCAGUGGGACAGGUCUACCUGAACAACCGGAGAGCAGUGCCAGCUGCUGCAACAGCGCCCCCUGGCUGUCCCCUCUGCUGUCCCCUUCAGUCCUGAACAGCAGGACUCGGUUUUCAGUCCUGUAGCUGGUUUCUGGUAAAAAAAAAAAGGGGGGACAAAUGCAGGAAGGAACAGAUUUCUGAACUUUUUUUUCCAAAAUUAUUUUAAUCUGAGGAUGCAAGGAACAGGACAACUACCUUGUGGGUCAUUCUGGAGGACGAUUUUAUAAGCUCUCAUUGCUUAAGGGUCUGUAACACAUUUGAAGAGUGAAGCAUUGACGCACAGACGAGUGAACUCAGCCAGUAAAUCAGAAACCCAGGCAGAGCGCUGGUAGGUGAGGGUUUUGAGAGGCUGCAGUUUUUCUUACUUCUGUCGUGCUGUGGCACUGAGCAUAUAAAAGAAAGCAGAUGCAUGCCCCUGAGAGCUCACUGGCAUUUGUCACAAGAUGAUCAUAACCAGCUCCAGAUAAAGAAAAAUGGUCAGGCUUUAUUUUAAUGCCAUCUUAUGUAACAGAUGUUAUGAGGACUCAUGUACUUGCUUCAGUUUUUAAAACAAGUGCCCAUAAUUAAUUUUAUAAUUAAAUUAAGGGGAAAUUAGGGGAGUAAAUUUUCUGUUCAGGAUAGCAAAAUGAUGCAGUAGUUAGCAUUUUUGCUCACAGCAAUGUGGCCCUAGGUUCAAAUCUGGACUUGGGGCACUGUCUGUGUGGAGUUUGCAUGGGUUUCCUCCUGCAGUCCUGACCCUGCAUUGGUUAGAAAAUGGAUGGAUUAUCAAAGUUGUUACAGCAUCACAAGUGACCUCUACUCAGGUGUCAUUUAACAUAAGACCAUGUUGAAAUAUAGCCUGACCAAAAACAUCCUGCACGCAAUGUCAUUUUCCCAUGGCCACUUUUGCCUCUCUCUCCUAUAAGUCUUGUCCUGUGACUGGCCCUGCACUGGAGUGGGAACCCCAGCAAACCAGAGACUCUCUGUGAAACCCAUGAGCCCGCAGAACUGCUAUCGUCAGAGCCGCGCACCCUAAAAAUAUUGCAGUAGAGAGAGAGGGGCAUCGUGUUCAGGUGCUGUUCAAUGGCAGCCGGGAUUGGGAUUGAAAUGCUCUCGGGUGCCGAACGCGGGUGCACACGGACGGUUGUCGGUUCUGUUCAAGUGCUGGUGGUGUGGAAUACGCCCCACCUCCCGCUCAGCUGUGAAGCACAAACGCACAGUUGACCAGGAGCUGUUCGGGGACAAGUGACAACUGUAGUGCAACAUUUUCAUGUGAACCGCUGGCUUCGAAUAAGGGGGAACAGAUGCAAAGUUGUGUAGCUGUUCUUUAAUUGCAGUUUUGUUCCAUUAAUGACUACAAAUUAGCUUCUAAAGGCUUUACAAAUGAUCUAUUACUGUACGUGCCACUACUAUUACAAUGGUUAUUAUUUCCUGUGUUUCCCAUUUCCAUGCCUGUGAGAUUGUUUCUGAUUUUUUCAUGUUUAUUAUUCGGCAUUAGUUCGUCCACAAUUAGCAGGGUCACUGAUAACACUCAAUUAUAGGAAUAGUUUUCUGUGUUUUGUAGACUUUCAUCUUGUGUUCUCUGCAGCUUACGUCUACAAUGCACUUACUGUACAAAGUAUACAGGUAACAUGUAAGCUGUAGUUUUAAAAUACCAGCACAAUUUUUGUUUUUACAUUUUGUUUGUUAUAAUAAUGAAAAAAACAUUACCAAACCCCACACAAGUCUUUCAAGGUGCUAACUGAAUUGCACCCACGAGGCAGGUUAAAUGUUUUUUUUCUAUGUGUCAAUGGCAGGGUAUUUUUUUUAAACAUUUGGGAAUGGAGGCUAUGCAUGUGCAUGUGUAAUCACAGGCUUUUAUGGUGGAGCUGUAGUUCGCAGUCUAGGCUGAUUUGUCUGUUGUGCGCAGUCCCCAGUGACUCACAGGACUGCCCGGCAGGGAAGACCCGCGGUCUCGGGCACGGACAAGGCGUGAGGGACUAGUGUGAACUGCUGAGGCUGAUGACUUACAAUUCCGGGUCGGUAGGGGAUGAUGAGAGGCCAGUGUUUGUCCUUGUGAAACUGCCCAAGAUUGAAAAGACCUACUGUAGCUCUAGGGAACGGUACUGUAUAUAGUGGUUCAACGAAUGUCUUUACAGUGAGGUUUUUUAAUCAUACAUUCUUACAUGUUUUGCACACUGAUUAAUUGUACUUUGUGUGUUCAGUGGCAAGCAAGAUUUAAAUAAUUUAGGAAGGUGCUCAAAACCUGAUUUAUUUUUUACCUAUGCCGAUGACUUUUGUCAUCAAAGCUUUUGGCUUUUGCCUGCUUAUGUAGAAGUUCUCGUUCUGCAAUGCCAGCAGCAGACGUAGGGUGCUCCCCUGAAACCGAGCUGGCAGAAAAUUUUUACUCCUGCUGGUGCAAAGUAAUUACUGUACGUGCAGUGUGUGCUCUGCAUCCCAGCGCAGACUGAUCCUCACUUCUUCAGUCACUCAGAGGAGCUUCAGACCAACAGGAGUCCCCUGUGAGCACGGAAAUGACAGAUCUAAUGGGCCUGAAGAUGAAUCUUGUUGGAAAUCAUGUAAUCGUUCUAUCAGAAGGCAUGUUUUUUGUGCUUACACUGUAUUUCUGAAACUGUUAUAUCACACUGCAGAUUGUGAAAAUCUCCAGAAAUCAUCUGACAGAAUGAGAAGUCUGAUACUCUGCAGCGUAUAAGACUGCAUGAUGUUUCAGCAGACUGGAGAGGAUCCUAAUAUUCAGCCACACAUUUUCUAACUGCUAAAUCCACUUCAAGAUCACAGGGGAGCCAGGGCCGAAUGUUUUCUGUAUUUCAGAGGCCCUGUUUUCCUCCGUGGGCUGUCUCAUCCGUUCAUCACUUAGAGAGCAUGUUACCCAGAGUGAAAUCAAGCAUUGCAACGAUUCAGUCUACAAAGGGCACACACCAUCACAGAACAACGGCCUCUUUAAAACAGGAUUGUAGCUUCAAGGAUGAUAUUGGAUCCUCCCUUUUAAAUCCUGCUUCAUUCUGUCCUCUGUUGUGAGAAGCCUUCUGGUUUGACAUUUUGACAGUCUUUAACAUUACCUGAGCUAAUACUGCAGUAUCCUGCUGUGUUGCAGUCCCAACCUAAAAUAGAGGAUAAAACCUCGACUGGGUGUUCUAGUUCUAGAAAAAAAACCUGUUGAUAACUUUUUGAAGAGACAAAUGUGUUUAAAUGAAUUUGAAUAACUGAUGGACAAUGUGGGAAUGAGUCAUCUAAAAGGAGUCUGUGGGUAUAUGUAUCCAGUAGGAACAUCUGUGGCUAUUCUGUGCUGACAGAGGGAGAAAAGCAAGAUUUUCAUACCUAGAUUUCCAUAGCUGUGCACUGUGUUUUCAUACAUAUUCAAAAUGCUGACUACACACAACUUGGUUUAGACAGCUUAAAAUAUUCAUCAAGAAGGUUUUGCUGCACACGAGGAAGGUUUAAGCCUAGUGAUGAAAACGUGCCUACACUGAAUGUCUUCUACAGUACAACACAUUAGAGCAAUAUGAAAAUAUUCCUCUAGAGAAGCAAUCAACUCCUGCCCCAGGUCUUUAAAAGUAUAAUUGGUAUUGGUAAUUGGUUUAUUUGUCUCUUAAGUAUCUUAGGCAGAAGUGUCUCUUCGGCUCCUAAAGGAGUCACAGGUGUUCAUUCAUUUCAUAAUAGAUUUUUAUGUUGUGACCCAGUGGUCUCAUUUCAUGAGGGUAUUUAUGCUAAAUACUCAGCAAGAGAAUAUCAGCUUUGUUGAGCAAUAUAUCUAUUCACCAAAAAAAAAACUUAAGUUCCUCUUAGAAAGCACUUUACAGGUGUUAAUGUCCAAGUGCAUGUUUUACUACAAGUUUUUUAUGUUUGUGUAUUUCAGCACACAGGAGUCUGCUGACUGUGGCAGGAGUAGAAAGAGAAAAGGGUCAUUUUUAGAAAUAAAUUCAGUUUCUUGAUUGAAGAACUAAACUCCUCGUUAUCUGCAACAGCGGGCCUCCUCCACAGUGGAACUGCUGGUUUCAGCACAUUUCCCAUACAGGUCUAAUGGGAGGUGGAAACAAAGAAUCAAGUAUCUGAUUUGCCUUCAGGCCACCUCUCUUCCUUGAUGAAUGCAGGAAGCUCAAAUUCAAGGCCUGCUUUUUCCAUCUGUGGAACUGCCUGUUCACCCAAAUCAUUUGCUGUGGAGACAGCAGUUUGUACACAGGUUGCUCACAGGGGCAAAUUAGCAACUUUGGACUGAUUCCUGAAAACCACAAUUUUCUUGCUAUUAUUAGAAAAUGGCAGCAAACAGAAAAAAAGUAGAGAGUAAACUGAGUGGUGCACUUUCCUUUCUUUUUGCUCAAUAUUGAUUUUUACUCCCUUAAUAAAUGCAUACAGUAUGCUGAGCAUGAAGACUGAAUGUGUGGCCCUCUUAACCCUAUCAUACAGUAAUCAGACAGACAUUGUCUCUCAUCUCUUAAGAAGCAGCUGUGGGUUAAUUGUGGAUGAUGAUUUCUGUAUCUGUAGGCUUGAUCCCCUCCGUUUCAGAUUUUUUAGCGUAGGGUAAGACUAGGGAUAGUUUAACCCAUUCACUACUGUUCCAUGUUCAAUACACUACCAUUUCUUCCUCAGUUCGACCUUAACAUUUCCAUCUUUUAUUUCCUGUCUUUGGGUUUAUAUCAAAAUGCUAUUUUAUAUUUACUAAAGCACAAUAACACGUGAGAGAGACACCAAUAUACAGCAAUGUCCGUAUCCAGCUGCUCAAGAUUGCAGACAUAAAAUGAACAGAAAAAUUCAAAUCGACUCUCUCACCUUACUAACAGUAGCAGAAACUUGCAUUCUUUUUUUAACUUGAAGGAGGAGGAGCCGAUUGAUGAGUGAAAUGACUGGAUUGUGGGCAGCAUGAUGUUGCAGUGGUCAGCGUUGCUGUCUUGCAGUGCUGGGGCUGUGGGUUCAGUUUCAGACCAGGGUUGCCGGCUCCUUGGAGUUUCUAUGUUCUCACGGUAUUCACAUGGCUUUCCUCCAUGGGCUCUGGUUUGCUCCUACAGUCCAAAGACAUACUGGUAGAUUCAUUAGUUUCUGUGAAAACUGACCCUGAGGUGUGUCUGUAUUUGUGUCUGUGUGAGCCCUGUGAUGGACUGGUGUCCCAUGCAGGGUGUAUCCUACCUUGCGCCCAGUGCUUGCAGGGAUAGAAUCCGGCUUCCCCAAGACCCUGAACUGGAUAAUGUGGUUAGAAAGUGGAUGGAUGGAUUACUGGAGAGCAGCGAUUAACAUAGUCUAAACUGCUAAUUGUUGAAAUGGACUAAUUACACGCUCCUUUGUAUAAGGGUUUGCUGGUAUGCUGCACCACUGUCCACAGAUACAAAUGAUUUGUAGAUUAUUUUUUUGUAUUAAUUUAGUUGUUGAAAUCAAUACCAUCUGCAGACUGAAGAACAGAAACCAAGAACAGGCCUGCCCUGCCCCUACGGACACACCAGACAUUAACUUUCUAGCUGUAGGAAAAAAUGAACCCCUGUUUCUGAAUUAAUCCAAAUUCAAAAUAUAGUUUUGUUUUUACCCAAACAUUCAGAAAAUGAAAGAAAGCUGGACAUCAGAUGCAGCCAAAGAUAUGGGGUUUUGCAAUGCGCCUGCAGAUUAUUUAAAGCACAAUUUUCUAUGUGUUCCCAGUGAGAUGUUAGUCAUUCUUGUGAGGAGCAGAGAUGGGGGCAAAUUCCUCCAUGGCAAUAUGCUCAUUUUACUGCACAGAGUGAGUUCCUGUCUUCCCCAACUCUACAAGAAACAAAGCAAUGCAGUGUUCGUUCUUCAGAUUUUCAUGAAAUGUGUGAAAAAGACUAUAUAUAAUGUAUAUUAUUUAUCAUGUGUUACAUUGGGAUUGGGAUUUCCUGAUCAAAGUGUAAAAUGCCAUACUCUGUGUUACUGUACUUGCCUUGUAAAUGGCUUUUUAAUAUGUACAAAUUGGCCAAAAAUACUUAUACUGUAGUUGUGUUUGGUGAUGAUACAUACACAGUGAGAAGACAGCAGCAAGGGGUUCUCUUUUUCACUUCGGGGUAAUCUUAAAUCUGCUGCAGCCAUGACACUGAAUACUAUCAUAUAUUUUUUAAACUUUUUGAAACAAUGGCUGUUUUUCUGUGGUAUGAAAAAAGGCAACCACAAAUGAGGCCAGAAAAGACUUCAAAGGAAAAGCAUUACUGUGAAUAAAUGUUCCAGUUGCAAGUUGUAUAUUUUGUUAUACCUGUACAUGUGUUAGAGGUACAGUGUUUUGAGAAUUUAUGUUUAUUUGUUUCUUGGUAUUUAGAUUUGUUUUCAAAUAUUGUAUUUUAAUGUGUUCUAGAGGCAAAAUAGGCAUUGUAAUUAGGAGCUCUGGUAAUAACACUUUAGAUAGGGUUUCACAUAUAAUGUAUGAGACUGAAAUAGCACUUAAGUCAUGUAUAGCAGAUGUAAAUUGUUGAUACUUAGCACCUUUUUGAGAAACAAAACACUGAUAUUUGCCUCAAAAGUAAUACUAUUAAUACUAGUGGUAAACUAGUUGCUUUCCACUAGUAGUUAAAUGUCAGAAGAUAUUCAAAAUAUAUUUGUUGUUCAGGCUGCUGGUAGUUCUUUCUUCUUUGUUCAUGUGAUCAGUCACUUCACACUCAACCCAAUGUUGGAUGCUGGCUUAUCUCCCAGCGGUAUCAAUCUCUACUCAAUGUGAAACUGCAUGACAUCAUUCGUUCAGGACGGGCAGAUUAGUGAAAAGCUGAAUUUAAUCCAGUCCUUAGUUAGCUGUCACUUUUUGGGGAAGUCAGUGUUCUGUCCAACAAAUCGGAAUUUAAGACUAAGACUUUAUAUUGUUGAUUUGACUUUAUAUUCUCAUUUCGAUGACAACAGAAUGGGAUCAGACAGUUUGUCAGUGAACCUUUUCCCGGGGUCACGGCUGCCUUGUAACACUGCACCCUGAGAAAAAGCAGUUUUGCCUGCUAAAGAGACCCAUGUUAAGUGAACAAUAUUUCAUACUAAAAGAUGAGAAAUCUGUACAUUGACUGGGGUGAUUGGUUAAUUCAGGAUCUUGGUAAAGGGAAGCACAGGUUGUAAUGCUGUAGAAAACAAUAAGCAAUCUAGGUUGAUCUUUCUGAGCUUUUCUCCACAUGGUGUACAGUAAAGGCUCUUUCGCUGACUGUAAAUUAUUAUUAUUAGGUUUGCGAUGUGCUACCUUCAAUACCACAUACCCAACUGGGGCUUACCAUGUUUUCAUAGAAGUCGGUAGCAAGUCCAGUUUGUACCGGACUCAGUGUGUGUGUGUCACAGGGGUUUGAACUAUUCGCAGUCCAGUCUCGUCCUGGCCUCCCGCAGGAUCGAGUUUAGUUCAGGCUGGGAGGAGUGUACAGGUGAGUGGCAGGGUGGAAUCCAUGUGUCUCUGGCUCCAGGUGUUUUGAAUGGGUCUGAGACUGAGGGGCUUGUUCUGGCCUGGGGAGAUGAUGGAUAUCUUCCCCAGAUGUACAGGAUUGUCUAAUAUUAUGGCCAGUGAUGUCAGACAUGCUAGGAAACCUGUCAGCAUGCUGUUCUUUUGGUUGGAAUCUUUUCCUUACACUCUGCAGUCCUAUUGUUUGCACAUUGAGAUGUAUAUCAAAAUGUAAGACAUGUACAUUUAACUACAGUUGGUAGAAGUAAGAGUUUUCGAGUUGCCUCUCCCCUGUGUUGUCUGCUUCCACUCUGACACGUCUGCUGUCUUUAUUGGUGGGAGCUCAUUUCUUUGUUUGCAUGUCAUGGAAUUGCACAAGUGCAAUAUCUGUCCUGAGUCAAGCCUGGCUAUCGUGAACAGUUUUGGCUUUAGAGCUGGGCUAAUGGCAACACUGGGUUGCAUUGCCUUGGAAAAUACACUUGCAUCCAACCAUAAGGCAGACUGAAAUGGCAGAGCUUAAAAAGACAUACGUGGGUCUGUCAUGAUUUUCUUUUCAGCAUGCAAUAAGAUGAAAUGUGUUAUCUGUUCUGUGUGCUUGCAUGGUAAUCCCAUUCAUUCCACUGCUAUCUUUAGGGUCCACAUUCAAAAAGCUACUGAGUGUGUGUCUGAAGUAUUACACGGCCACUCUCUCUUCUCUUCCAACAUCUUAAAAUGAAACCCAGGGACAGGACAGUCAGUCCCCCACUUUCUCGAACUGCCUGUCCCAUCCACUUCUCUCUCAGAAUCUUACACUGCAGUUGCAUUCUGUCAUUAUGUUUUUACCAAAUGAUUACGAAGUACUUUAAAGCAACAGUCUACCAGUGAAGAAGAUGGCUUUUUGUUCAAACUAUGAUGGUUCUAUGAUCCUUCAAAACAUUUCCUUGCCACCUUUUGCCUUUAUAGCUGUAGAUUAGGCAGGUUAGCAUCUGUGUCUGCACAGCAGAUGUAAACUGCUGCCUCAGGCACACCCCUGUAUCCCUGUACCCCCCAUUACUCAGCCCAAACUGGUGAAGCUCACUGAAUGAAAAGGCCAGUCCUGUAACAAUGGCGCUAUCACAGAAUUCGUACUAACACUUGAUAUUACACUGUCUGUUUGAGCCAUGCGGGGCAGAGGGCUGGAGAUGGUGUAUCUUCCUGUCUCCCCCCAAGACUAAUGUCAUUCAAAACCAUUUCAGUCGAUAAAGAAACCAAUAUUUCUUCACUGCAGUCUCAUUUUUGGAUGAGAAUCAUGUGCAGAUAUGCAGAAAACCCUUUGCGAUGUUCUUCAAAUUCAAAAGAACAAAAAAAUAGUUCAGCACACAGAAGACAUUUAUCGUGUUUGUGUUUUGAAAUAUGUGUUUUACCUGAGAAUAUAAGGAGUCAAUUAUUUUUCAAAGCAGAGAAAUGUACCUCUGUAACCCAUACAGAAAACAUAUGGCUGUAUAUUUGUGACUUACUGUAAUAGGGAAGGCACUGUGUUCUGAAUGCCAGGAAACAAUCUUAAGAAACCUGUUAGGAUUCAACAAAGGCACUUUGUUCUGCAAAAUCAUGUACUUUUUGCAUUGUUCAAUUGUAAAUACGUGUAAAUUUUACUUCUAUAAAUGUACAAGGUAUCAGUGGGUCAAUGCUGGUUGCUGGGAAUGAACGGUAGACAGUCUUGUGGCGACACAGUCCAAACGCCCUGAGCUCUGUCGUUUAUGUGGCCCCACAUGGGGGAGAGACAGCUGACAUGAAUCCACACCUGCUCCUUAGAUCCCCAAACCCCAGGUGUUGGAUUGUAGCUUAUUUUACUCUUUUCCAUCUUUAUGCAGUUGUAGAACACGACUUCAAUCCCAAAUGGCAAACAAAACAUUGCUUCCUGUGGCGUUGAGUUUCUGAUCCCAGGAGUGGACGUCACCCUGCGUUCACCCUGGUCUCUGGUUGUCUGAGACAGGCAGACACACAUUGUGUGGUAGUGACUCUGGAACGGGAAACUCACCGGCUAAAUAUUGUGGAACUGUGUCCUGGGGUUGGAGAUCCGGGUCUGAGGUGCAUUUACUACAGCUGCACGCAGGGAGCCCGCCUGCUUACUGGGUUUUUAAACCACAGUCCUUCUGUUCUCCCACUGCGGUUAGGAAUUCUCUUCUGGGGAUCCUUCUGUCUCUGAAUCACGGUCCUGGGCGCUGCUCUCAUACCAUAGUGGUUCAGUCAAGGGGGCUUCAGUCCAGUUGAGCGCCUGUCAGUAUGAGGCCACUGUUCUGAGUCUUUGAGGGGAAUCCACGCCUGGGGUCUCCACUGCUGCACACCGGCCACUUGGGGGGGCUAUGGAUACACACUUUUCAAGUCCCUUGUAUCUGGGAUUUGGGGGGACGCCUUGUGUUGCAAUAAGUGAAAUGCAGAUUGAAUCAAGGUUGGGCCAAGAUUUCAGUGAUGCCUGUUGAACCACAGAGAAAUCUUCCGUUUCAUACCAGACCCUUCCCUGGCAUGGACAGCACUGGUACCUCGCUGUAUGCUUACGCCAGCAUGCCAACAGGACAAAAACUGUGAAGCAUCUUUUUGCUUUUCUCCAUGUCAUUCUUCUUACUCUUCUGAUUUCCAAUGAUUUUUUUUAAUUUAACAUGAUAUUAGAUUGCGUUUAAUUCUAGCAAUAGUCUUCCUAUUAAAAUAUACUGUGCUCAUGCAUCCCAUGACAAAGGAGAUAAAAUAUCAAGGUCUGCGAAAUACUGAUUUUUUAAUAAAAGCAAAAAAAGUGA